GCCCUCAGACUACUACCUCCCUAAGACUGGGCCCAAUCAAAUGUAUGCCUGAUCUCCGCCGUUCCAUUCCCAACUGAAAUAUUUAUCCUUAUAACUGUUCCCUCGACCUCCCGCCGGCCACAUCAUCUAGUCCCCAAUCUCGGCGUUAUCAAUCGCUCGCUUCCCAGCUAUCGUGGGGGAAAGUUGAUCGGAGAAUCUCUUUGCGGGCGAUUGAAGGAAAAAGGGUUCAUGAAUGUGAAAUACAGUCUUCUAGGGAGAAGGUUCUCCCUCGGAUUCAUUCUCCAGAGUAGCAAUCGGGGCUUUUGGCGGCUGUUCAGUUCAACGAAUGAGAGUCUUUCCACCGUUACUGAGCUCAUAUCAAAGCAACAUUGGUCAAGUUUGAAACUUCAUCUCCGAGACUCGGAUCCCAAUGCGGUCCUUCGUGAUUUACUCGAUUCUGGAGCUAAACCUGAGCUAAUUCUCAGCUACUUCACUUGGUCGAGGAAAGAGCUAAAGCUGGCACACUCCUUGGAAGUCACUUUCAGGCUCUUGCAUUCACUUGCUUAUGCACAGAACUAUCCGAAGAUCAGGUCUUUUCUGCACAACUUUGUUAAGAAGGAGAAAUGUUCUGUUUCUUCUAUUCUUCAUUCGGUUUCAAUUUGCAGCGGUUCGUUUCAGGUCAAUUCUGUGAUAGUCGAUAUGUUGGUAUUGGCAUAUGUGCAAAACUUGAAAAGCCGAUUGGGAUUUGAAGCUUUUAAGAGAGCUGGUGAUUAUGGGUUUACAUUAUCGGUGGUAGCUUGUAACCCCUUGUUGAAAGCUCUGGUCAAGGAUGGUGAAGUUAACCGUGUAGAGUUUGUGUACAAGGAAAUGGUUACGAGAAGGAUUAAGCUGAACCUGGUUAGCUAUAAUACUGUGAUUAACGGUUUCUGUAAAGUAGGGAAGUUAAACAAGGCUCGUGAUGUCAUUGAGGACAUGAAAGCUGUGGGUGUUUCCCCAAACGUGGUUACUUACAAUACUCUCAUUGAUGGAUAUUGUAAGAUGGGAAGAAUUGGGAAAAUGUAUAAAGCAGAUGCCAUCUUGAAAGAGAUGAUAGCAAAUGGGAUUCCCUCAAACGAGGUUACGUACAAUAUUCUAAUUAAUGGGUUUUGUAAGGAUGAUAAUGUGUCAGCUGGCGUGCAGGUGUUUGCUGAAAUGGUAAGGCAAGGUUUGAAACCAAAUGCGAUUACCUACGGUGCCUUGAUCAAUGGUUUAUGUGGUGGUGGGAAAGUGGGCGAGGCUCUUGGUUUAUGGGAGCAAAUGGUUGGUUCAGGUGUAAAGCCAACUAUUGUUACUCAUAAUGUACUAAUAAAGGGUCUUUGCAAGAACAAGAUGCUGAAAGAAGCAAAUGAAUUGUUUGAUCACAUAGAAAAACAAGGAAUAGCUCCUAACGUGACUACUUAUAACACGAUGAUCGAUGCUUAUUGCAAGGAUGGGGAGAUCGAGCAGGCAUUUUCCUUUCGCGACUCCAUGGUGAAGAAGAUGGUUUCCCCUACUGUUUCAACUUACAAUUGCUUGAUUUCUGGUUUGUGUAGAGAAGGGAAAACAGUGGAAGUGAAAAGUGUUUUGGCAGAAAUGAAUCAUAGAAACUUGAGGCCUGAUGUUGUUACAUAUAACAUACAAAUAGAUUCAUUCUGCAAGAAAGGAGAGUCAAGAAAGGCAGGACAUCUCUUGGAUGAGAUGGUCAGGAAAGGAGUGAGUCCAAGCCAUGUGACAUUUAACACAUUGAUGGAUGGCUACUGCCACGAGGGAAAUCUACGAGCAGCACUGAAGGUGAGAGAACGUAUGGAGGAGGAAGGGAAGAAGGCGAAUAUUGCCACCUACAAUGUCCUUAUAAAGGGUUUUUCCAGGAAGGGUAAGCUGGAAUAUGCCAAUGAACUUCUUAAUGAGAUGCUGGAGAAGGGGUUGGUUCCAAAUUACGUAACCUAUGAGAUUGUUAGGGAAGAAAUGCUGGAAAAAGGCUUUGUUCCCAGCAUUGAAGGACAUCUAUUUAACGUCCCAUGAAACUCUUUUAAGUUUUCUCAAAGAGAAUGAAGUCUGUUUACCAGAGUCAUAAUGUAGAGCUCUUCAACACACCCAGUCGGAGAGCUCUGCUUCAGGUUAGCACUAUGGCAUGUCAUUCAAGGGAUUGAGUUCUCCUGAGUUCGGCUGAAGAUGGGUGUGGUAUGCAGCCUUGGUACUUGACAAGCACAAGUGUGAAAAUUCUACCGGCUGAUUCUGACUUCUGAGCAUUCGGCAGCGUCUCGGGUAUGAUUCAUAAUUGUUUCUAUUCAGAUCAAAUUUCAUUUGGCAUCUGAUUCUCCCCCUGUGCGUUGUCAAAGGCUUUAGUUGUGAAUCUUAGUUUUUGCAUUUGCAUGUAUGUGGAUAAUUGUGUCCUUUCGGAAACGGUUUGCUUAUCAGCUGUGGACACCGACAAGAAUUAUUGAUUCUUCAGAAACCUCUCGUAAUUUGUUUAGUUACUCUUUUCAUGGUAGGAUAUGUUCCUCAACUGGCGGGCUUAAUAGGUACUGGGGAAUUUGUGCAUACAUGAAAUUACUGCUCUUUGUUAUCGGCAGAGUUCGGAAUGAAAUGACUGCUCGACGGUCUCAUUUUGGAUUUGAUAAUCACUUGCUUGUCCAUUGGCAGGGAUCCGCGCUUUGAGAAACUGAAGGAAGUUAUAUUUGCUGAUUCCUUGAAGCACCCCAACUGCAAUAUGGGGAAGAAUAUCAGUCUGCUACUCUCCUACAGAACUACACGAUGAGGGACGUAGGUACACGCCAGGUCUUGACCAGAUCAGAAACCGAAUCGCCAAUCAAGGGCAAGUGCGAAUUAAGCAUGUUUAUGACUAACAAAAUGAUGUUGCUGACUAGUUGGUCAACUUGAACCAUUCUAUCACGUUUGGAUCAUGGAUUAUGAAUUAUUUCGAUCCAACUCUGUGUAAUUGGAUUAGUUGUAUAUAAGGGGGCUAAAAAGCUUUGAAUAAACGAGUUUUUUUUUA